AUGGCUUCCAAGAAGGAUAUGCGGAGGUUGGACCUCGCCAUUCCCUACAUCGAUCCGCCCAAGGGCAAGGAUGAGCCCGACAUGUCUAGCGCCAUGUCUAGCACCAUGCCUAUGGCUGCGAUGUUCACCAGGAAUAGGAUGAUCGGAUGGGUCUCCUUCGUUUUCUCGCUUCAGUCCUGGCUGGGUGAGACCCCAGACCAGAAGAGAGCAGCUUCGACGCCGGGCUACAUGUCCGUCUUGAUGUCCUUGAUGGCUCUGGCUGACACGUGCUCUCCCACAGACCCCUUCGCCGAAGCUGACGAAGACACCGGCGAGACUAAACAGUCUCAAAAUUACAUCCAUAUACGGAUUCAACAGCGCAAUGGUCGAAAGACCUUGACCACCGUCCAGGGUCUUCCUAAGAAGUUCGAUCAGAAGAAGAUUUUGAAGGUGAUCAAGAAGAAGUUCGCCUGCAAUGGCACCAUUGUCAGUGACGCUGAGAUGGGCGAGGUGAUUCAGUUGCAGGGAGACCAGCGUAAAGAUGUCCAGGAGUUCUUGACCGACAAGAAGGAGGGUCUCGAGCUGGAUGCCAAGACCAUCAAGGUCCACGGUUUCUAA